AAGAAAUCCCAAUCCUCUCUCCUUCUCUUUCUUUGACAUGUUUUGAGCUGAUGGUGAAUUUCUUGAACCUUUCUUUUUGUUCUUCAACUACUCACUGUCUAUAGUCUACUGUAAAGAAAAAUCUACAAAAAUCUCUCUCCAUAUAGUAAUGAAAUAAAUGGGAUAUCCUUUUAUAGACGACUAGCUUUUCAACACUGUUACAAACAAGAUUCCAUUUGAAGAACAGCAAUGCUCCUAAAUGACCCAUGAACAAGCAAAGCACUGGUUUUUGGUACCCAAAUUUUGGUUGGUUGUUUGUCUCUUUCUUUCAUCUUCUCUGACAAUUACCCAGCUGUUCUUUUUCAACCUUACCUGAAACUCAAUCGCCCUUCAAGCUAAAAUCCAAAUGAUCAAUUACCUCUUCCAGUCCACCACUACUAUUCUGUUUGUAUCUGUUACUACUAUAUACUAAUAAUUGUUAUAGUUCUCCCCAGCUUUUUCAUGUACUUCACAAGUUUGUGCUAUGACUGUCAAAACCCUCCUCCAUUUUAGCAAAAACCCCAUUAAAGUUUUACCCAUAAGACAAUAAAAAAAGACACUUUUUUUAGAGAGAGGAAAUGGGGUGUGGUUUAUCAAAGCAAGAUGAAGAAGAUGAUGUUGUUUCAUUGUGUCGAGAAAGAAAAAGGUUGCUUAAGUUAGCUUUACAGAAAAGGUAUGCUUUUGCUGAUGCUCAGUUUAAGUAUAAUCAGUCUCUUUAUGCAGUAGCAAUGGCUUUGAGGUUGUUUGUGGCAAGACAUUCUUCUCUUUCUUCUCCUUUUUUAAUUACUUUUCCUUCUAAUACUGAUUCUACUAAUCUUGUUGUUGAUUCCAACGAGACAUUAAACAAUAAUCCAUGUUUUCUUCAACAAAGACCAACUGAGCCUAUCCAUGAAACUAUUGCACGUUCCACUAAUUUAGAGACUAAAGUAGAAGGAACCCAUGAAGAUAAGAAUAAUGCUAAUGGUGAUUGUGAGGAACAGGAGGAGGAAUCUGAGGAAAGUGAAGAUGGAGAAGAGUUCUGUCAGCAUUUUUAUGGCCAGGAGAAUGUGGACCCAGUAGUGUCGUCACUACAGAGGCAAUUUGGGUGGGAUUUCUUUUACCCAUUUGAUGAAAUGAGAUCAGAGGUUUUAAAUGAGCUUAGUCAAAGUUCUUAUGAAGAUUUGAAGGCUGUAAGAGAGAAAGAAGGGAUUCCAGAUUUAGAAGAGGAUGGGGAGAAAUUAAUAAUGAAUAAGAUUGAAGUUGUGAAUGAGAAAAAAAAUGGUGAUGUUGGUAAUAAUAAGGAGAAUGGAAUUGAAGAUUUUAAAACUGGAGAUAAUGCAAGUGUGAGUCAAGAAGAGAGUAAGGGAUUGAAAGUGAUUGAUACGCCCACAAAUGGGAGAGAAUUGUUGGAAGCAUUGAAAGAUAUUGAAGACCAUUUUCUUAGGGCUUAUGAAUCUGGUUUGGAUAUUUCAAGGAUGCUAGAGGCCAACAGAAUUCAUUUGCAGUCUGGCUUAGAAGAAAUCAAAGAGAGCUCAACUAAGCUUAUCAGAUCAAUUACAUGGAACCGAUCCAAUUUAUCUCGGUCUUCUUCCAGUAGAAGUCUCCUUACAUCUAGUUCUGCGAAUUCUUCAAUGUGGACAGAACUCAAGACUGAUCUGUUUGAUGACUUUGGAAUGGAAGCAGGAAGCCAUUCGCUGACUCUUUCGAGGUUAUAUGCUUGGGAGAAGAAACUCUACCAGGAGGUGAAGGCUGGAGAUCAGACUAGGAAAAUGUAUCAGAGAAAAUGCUCUCAUUUGAGAGGCCUGAAUGGUAAAGGAGAAGACUUUUGUUCCAUGGAUAAAUCUACAGCACAAAUAAAAGAAUUACACUCCAGGAUCUCCGUUACAAUAAGAAGUGUGGAAUCAAUCUCCAACAGAAUAGAGAAAUUGAGAGAUGAAGAGCUGCAGCCGCAACUUCUUGAGCUGCUUCAUGGACUAAUGAGAAACUGGAAGGUAAUGUUGGAAUCACAUGAAACUCAAAACCGGCUAAUGCUUGAAGUGAAAAUUUUCAAUUGUCCAGCUUAUGGGAAGUUCUGUAAUGACUCUCACCGUCUUGCCACUCUUCAGCUUGAGGCAGAACUUGACAAUUGGCGUGUCUGCUUUGCUAUGUAUCUAUCUUCACAGAAGGCCUAUGUUGAAUCUCUUAGUGGUUGGCUGUCCAAGUUCGUCGCUCCUGAAGUUGAAUUCUACUCCAGGGGAAAGACUUCAAUCCCGCCAUUUAGAAUUAGUGGGCCGCCAUUGCUACUAACCUGUCAUGGUUGGUUAGCUUGGCUGGACAAACUGCCAGAUAAUUCUGUGACAUAUGCAAUGAAGAACUUUGAGCGGGAUAUACAUUCCCUAUGGAAUCAACAAGGCAAAGAGCAAAAGCAGAAGAGGAAAGUUGAGGGCAUAGCCAAAGAACUCGACAGGAGGGCUCUGGCAUUCCAAAGUGCUGAGAGGAGGAUUCUUGGAUCCAAGAUUUCUGAACAGGAAUCAGAGGCUAGUGUGCGUAAUCGUAUUGAGUACUUGGCAGAAGGGAAAAAGCUAUUGGAUAUGUUCAGGAACCGCCUCAAUGAAGAGAAGGGAAAGCACCUUAAUACCGUGCAGGAGACUCAACAAAUCACUGUAAGUGGAUUUCAGACAGGAUUUUCUUCGGUUUUUGAGUCGUUGGUCGAGUUUUCUAAUGCAUCUGUUAAAAUGUAUGCUGAUCUAGUAACAUAUAGUGCAAAUGCCAAGGAAGCAGAGAAAGUUGACGACAAUCUAUCCUAUAUGGAUGGGAUGUUCUCUUAGGUUCUAAGUUUAAGGAAACAAGUGAAAAUGGAAAGUAGGUUAAGAUUUGAGGAUCUUAAGUUUUUCAAUCCUUUGGCUUCCCAGAUAUAAAUAGUGUGUACAGAGAUUGUCAAAACAUUUAUAGCAUGCUCUUGCUUAUAUAUGCAGCUCUCUGGGGCAGCUAUUUGUGUUAUAGUGCCAAAUUUUUUUGCUUGCCAAUGGAUUUUCUCCUUGCAAAACAAGAAGGAAUUCUUUGUUCAAGUAUAUUUUUCCUUUAUGUGAAAAGUUGAAGUUACAAUUUCUUCCUGCUUUA